AUGUGCAGGCCCCAGCCGCUGCUGGUCCUGCUGCUCUUGCUUUCCUGCCCGUGGGCUGAUGCUGGUGCUCUGCAGGGUCAGAUUGUGGGGGGCCAUGAGGCUCAGCCCCACUCCCACCCAUACAUGGCAUACCUGAAGAUAGGGCCGUUUUCCUGUGGAGGCUUCCUGGUGGCCCCUGACUGGGUGAUGACAGCUGCACACUGCAUGGGACCCAACCUGUGUUUCUCCCCUCCAAAAAAAGUCCUGGGGGCUCACAACAUCCAGGAACCAGAAACAACUCAGCAGAUCCGGGGAGUUCUCAGAUACCACAUGCACCCUGGAUACAACCCCAGCACAGUGUCUAAUGACAUCAUGCUACUUAAGCUUACAGCAAAAGCAACUCUCAAUGACUACGUCAAGACCAUUCCACUGCCCAAGACCAGCAGCGACCUCCCCACAGGCACCAAGUGCAGCAUAGCUGGGUGGGGUCGGAUCGACGACGACCAGGCAACCAACACGCUCUUUGAAACCAAAGUCUCCAUCUACAGCCGCAGGAAAUGCAUCCGCUUCUACCCGCAUCUCAACACUGGCAUGGUCUGUGCUGGCAGCGUUCAUUAGCUCCGAGACCAUCCUCAGGGAGAUUCCGGUGGGCCCCUGGUAUGCAAUAAGGUGGCACAAGGCAUCGUUUCUUUUGGGUAUAACACCCCGCCUGGGGUCUACACCCGCAUCUCCAACUACCUGCCCUGGAUCAAAAAGAUCAUGAAGUAG